AAGCAUGUUUCUUCUUCAAUCGUCACAGUUUUAAUAUUAAAUUACCCAAUUAUAGUGCCUAAUUAAGUCAACAAUAAAUUACUUGAAUUAUUUUUGCUGUGCCAAAGGUGUGAAUUGACUAUGGAAGAUAAUAAAACGGUUGGCAUGUUCACAACUGCGUUUUCGGGGAAUGGUGACCAGCAAAAUUCUACAAUACCGGUCGCUAUUUUUCAUUCGAACGGAUUAAUUCCAGCUGAAAACAAAUCUAUCAUUACUGAGUACAAUAAUUUCAACACUUUGAAUAAAGGUGCUUAUUUUGUUAAAAGUGACCCAUCUCUACGAUUUUACAGUGAAACUAAUGUGAAGAGCGGGCAAGAAAAUACAACAGAAGAGCGCUCGCGCAUGUUCAAUAACGAUAGUGUAAAUCUAAAUCAGAAAAAUACUGAUAAUUUCAAAAAAUUUUCGGUAGAUAACUUACUGCAAAUUGCCAAACUGAAUAAUAGGAACGGCACUGAAAUAUGUUCACAUUCUACCGAGGAACAUCAGAAUGCAUCGACACUAUCAGCCACCAGUAAAAAGAUGAGGAGAAACCGCACAACCUUUACAUCCAAUCAACUAUCUGCACUGGAACAAAUUUUCGAACGGACACACUACCCCGAUGCAUUCCUCAGAGAAGAUAUUGCAAACAAAGUCGGGCUUAGUGAGGCACGAGUUCAGGUCUGGUUUCAAAAUCGUAGGGCAAAAUUUCGACGGAACGAACGUAGUGUUGUUGGUGUAAGCAGUCAAUCAUUAUCAAUUAUGUCACCUGUUAUCCACUAUUCAAAUCCAGCCAAACACCAUAAAAUAGCUGAUAAACAGACGAAUUCUCAAACAGAUAUGACAAACUCAUACUCUUUCAAUUUACAAAAUCUGAGCGCAAUGUUUUCAAGUUCAGCAAGAGUUGGUACAUUAUCGUACGGAGAAACGAUUUCUUCUCAAGAUAUGAGCUCGUGCAACUACCACCCACCAAAUUACUCUACACCAAUUGUACAGAACUAUCAGUUUUCUACUUAUAAAUAAUAGUUGUAAUAAGAAGAAUUUUUGUAUAAAAUAAAUAAUUUAUU